UGUCUGAGUAUAAUGUGUCAACAGCACCAAUACUCCAAAGCAAUGUAUUGCCAAUUUGUGUGAUAGCAAGUUCGGACAAUAAUGAUAACGCGAAAAGGAUGAGAACGAUUUUAAUUACCAAGAAAAGCUCGUGGUGUUUCUCAUUUCCACGAAAUCAUGCAAAUCAUGUGUGUGAAUAACGAUACAAAACUCUCUUCUAAUCGGCAGCGAAUCGCAAUCGACCGUUCAUCCGGAUAAUCAUAUCCCCACCAGUUUUCACGAUUUAUAUUAAACUCAGCAGGUAGCGGAGAGACUUAGUUGAUCACAACUCUUGCGAAUGAUUCCACGAGUGUUGACUCCAAUCGAUUCAGGACUGACUCGUGCUACUACGCGACUUCGUGCAAUCUCGGAGUGACAGAUCGGAGGAAAACGUGCGUGGAACUAGAUACGUUCUUCGAGGAAUGUGAGUUUUUUAUUCAAAGACUAUCAUCAGGCGAUAACCUUCGGAGUGAGAAGGAAAAAUCUCUUAUAGACGAGCUUAGAAUAAUAACUACGAACGAGAACUGGACAUUAUUAAAAUUAUUGUUAGACAAAAACAUAUAAACAUGAUAUCCAUCAGAUUGUUCGUCUUUUGCCUCGCUGUAAUUGCAAUCAAUGCACAAUUGCAGAAUGUUGCAGAAUGGCUUAUUGUUGCAGAGAAUUCAUGCCCAAAAUUUGGGGAAACUUGCAUUAACAUCCGUAAUUGUGGACCUAUCAUAACAAUCCUGAGGAAUAGUCCGAGACCACUUUCGUCAGAGAUUUUGCAGAUGCUCAGGAACGCGCAAUGCGGCUUCGAGGGUAACGACCCGAUGGUUUGUUGUACGAACGAGCGACAGCUUACAACGACAUCGACAACGACGAGACGACCUACAGUGCAACCCCAAACUGGCGUGUCUGAUGAAUCUCUGCCGGAUGUGACGAACCAUCCGAACUUAAAUCUAUUGGAUCAUCAAAGGUGCGGACCUCUCACCCAGACGAGGGUAGUCGGUGGUAACAAGACCGGGGUCUUCGAGUACCCGUGGAUGGCGUUGAUCGCAUACGACACCGGAAAGACGAAUCCGGAGUUCCGUUGCGGCGGUACCAUCAUCUCCAAUCGAUUCAUCCUCACCGCUGCUCACUGCGUCACUAACCUUCCAACAGAUAUCAGAGCGCUGAUAGGCGUCAGGGUAGGAGAUCACGAUAUAAGUAAGGAUCGUGACUGCGAUUACGAUGAGAAUGGACUUGAGCUCCGGUGCGCCGAGAGAUUUCAGGAUUUCGGUGUGGACAGUGUCUACUAUCAUCCUCAAUACACGCGAGCGAAACUGCAAAAUGACAUCGCGCUCAUUAAAUUGAACAGCUCUAUAGAUUUCAGGCCUGAGAAUGUCAGACCCAUCUGCUUGCCGUUCGGCACCGCGGCAACAUUAAACUCCAAAAAAGCGAUAGUGACAGGCUGGGGUGCGACGGAAGCGGGUCCACGUAGCCAGGACCUUCUCCAGGCGAAGCUGCCAGUGGUGACCAACGAGCAGUGCAAAGAGGCGUACAGGCGCUCGACGCAGAUUUGGCACAAGCAAUUGUGCGCCGGAGGUCUACGUGACGUGGAUUCCUGCUUCGGGGACAGCGGCGGACCCCUGCAAGCUCUGGGUAUAUACAAUGGCAACGCUCGCAUCGUUCAAUACGGCGUGGUCAGUUACGGGGUGAAGGAGUGCGGUACCGCGGGCAUCCCUGGAGUCUACACAAGUGUCGCUCAUUACGUGGACUGGAUCCUGGACUCGAUGACGGACUAAGAUCGAUCGUGAUUUUGUCGAAAUCCAUUCCAAGAGAUUAUGCAUAUUAGACAUGGAUUUUCAUCCGAAAAAAACACGUCUUUCGUUUUACAUUUCAGAUUCACCUCGUGCGUGAAAUAUAAUAACUCUUUUAAUCAUCACGAAAACGAGAAUUGAAACUUUGCGAGAUAAUAAUACGAAUAGAUAAGAUUAAUUUUGAAACAACGUUGCUAGAAGACGAAUAAAAUUGCAACGGCGAGUAAAGAAUGAAACUUUUAUGUUUGAGAAAGUAAUGAUCUAAUGUUUAUAAAAUAUAAAACAUUUAUAUUGACGAAUUUUUUUAAAUAA